GACAACUGUUCGUCUUCAGGUUUUAGAUGACAGUUGUGUAAAUAUAAAUAUUACUAUUUUGUUUAAUAAAACGUUAUUCGAUGUAAAUAAUUGGGUUGAAAAGUGAUAUUUUAUAUUAGAAACGAUAACUCAUAAAUAAGUAUGACAACAAUAUAGUAUUACUAUUGUUUUUUUUGGUAAUACAAAUUCUACCGGUGUCCGGUACCAUCAAUGCGUUUUUCUAAAGAAAUGUCACCCAAGAGUAGACAAUCUAUUGCUGGUCUUCCAACCGUCGAGACUAAUGAUCACGAGGAAAAAUCUUCAGAAAGGGUGCCUGGUCCAUAUAUAUUAUUAUUGUUUGGUUUCUACUUGCUACUUACAUAUAUAAUCAUAGUUAUCGAGAAUGAUAUGCCGACGGUUAUCCGUGAAAGAGACAUACCAAACGAUGAUUCAAACACAUUUAGCGAAGAAAACGCCAAAAAUUACCUCAAUCGUAUCCUCGGAGACCAGCCCAGGGUCGCAGGAACUUUGUACCACUUGAUAAAAACGAGAGACAUUAAAGAUCUCGUUGAUGAAAUUGCGAGCAAAGCUAAUAUACCCAUCAGAACUGAUUGGCAAUUUGUUUCUGGUGAUUACUGGUUAGCAUCAAGUUCCCCGCACGUGAACAGUUACCAGAACCUGUCGAAUAUUAUAGCGGUGUUGGAAGGCGAGAGCGGCUUCCAUCCCAACGGUACCACCGGCACAUCAUUGUUGGUCAACUGCCACUACGACUCGGUACCUUAUGCUAUUGGCGCGUCAGACAAUGGCGUGUUUUGCGCCGCGAUGGCGGAAACUUUGUCAAAGCUAUCUCGAAGGAAGACAAAACUCAAACACAACAUAAUUUUCCUCUUCAACGGCGCUGAAGAAAGUAUCCUUUUGGGCAGUCACGGGUUCCUGAGUCACCCAUGGUCUAAGGGUGUUACGAACGUUGUCAAUUUAGAUUCGGCCGGAAUGAACGGGAAACCGAACGUUUUUCAGGUAACGGAUUCGAGGGUGUUGGAAGCGUACAAAAGGACUUGCUCGAAACCGAACGCGCAAGGCCUGGGGGAGGUUUUGUUCGCGUCGGGGAUCAUACCUUCAGAUACUGACUUCAGGAUUUUCAGAGAUUUUGGUGGUAUAUAUGGUGUAGAUAUAGCUUUCAUAAAGGGUGGUAACGUUUACCACACCCGUAACGACAGGCCGGAGCUGAUAGAGGAUGGAGUCAUCCAGAACGCGGGCAACAUGCUGCUGAGCCUCGUGAGGGAACUCGCCGACAGCCAGGAGUUGGAGAAUAAGGAGUCUCCAUCCUCUGAGGUCUACUACGACUACAUGGGACUGUUUCUGGUGACGUACUCCAAGAGUACCGCCCUUUUCGUAGAUCUAUUCAUUGGUCUCCUGGGUCUGUCCAGCGUGGUGUACUUUCUGUGGCUGUUCGGACUGCGAUGGUCUUCAGUCAAAGAACUGCUUUGGGCGAUUGUUGGUCGCGUCGUGUGUGUGGUGUGCGGCCUCGUGGCGGUCAUCCUGAUGACCGUUGUGAUGGUCGGCACGACUACACAGAUGAAAUAUCUAUCGGAGCAGUGGAUGGUGGUGCCGCUCUACAUAGGACCGUACGUCAUAGCGAUGACCGCCGCGUCACACGGCUUCGACUCGUGGAGAUCGAGUAAGGUAGGAGGGUGGACCGUCGGAUGGGUCACGGGGGGUAAGAGGGGACUGCUCCUACAUUUUGGUACCGCAGGCGAUACUAAUUCCCAGUGGGACCGGAGGACCGCUUAUUUCGAGCGGCCCGGAGGACAUGCGCAACGCCUCGUUUCGGAGUUUUUGAGGCGUCAGAUUCUGAGAUCCCGAGUUCGAGGGCUAAGCUCCCGGGCGAGCUGCGCGCCGCUGCUGCUGACGUCGCUCGCCGGCUUCGUGUGCCUGACGGUCGGCCGGCGCGGGAAGCUCAGGGUCCAUAGUGAAUAUCGUAGAUUGUUCGACCGUCGACUGAUGACAUCGCGUCGCUCGAUAUCGUUGCCAAAGUUGUUUAUUUGGGUUUAUUCCUCUUGUAAUUAUAGUAAACUCAGUGGAAAUACUGAAUAUUUGUUCUCUAGAUAUAUAGAACUAGUAGUAAUAAUUCUUCUCCAUAGUUUUCUCCGCUUAUUAAUCGCAGUGAUCUACUUGAAAAUAUACCUUUAUUUGGAAUACACCACGCCAGGCUGGCAAUACCUGGUGCUGGAAGUGGUACUGACGCUGCCGGCGACCUCGCUGUGCCUGUCGCUGGCGGUCCGCGUGCUGCCGCUGCUGGUGCCCAUCAUGGGCCGCUCGGGCAGCGACACCCCCGACUACCUGAUUGCCGCCAUCAGCGUGGCGCUCGUCACACUCGCCGUCGCCACUGUCUCAGGGCUGGAGUUGCUGUUCGGCGGUCGCGUGUGCGCGGCGCUGCUGUGUGCGUGCGCGCUGUGCGUGUGUGCGGCGCUGGUCCCGCUCCGCCCGUACCGCGGACACACCACGCAGAGACAUUACUGGUUUCACUCACAAAUAACAACGUACGAUAGGAAUCUUACGCCCGUAGAGAAUGUUACGGGCGUUCUCGUCAGCAAACUAGAUGUGUACUCGGUGCAGUCCGCGCUACAGGCGAUCAAGGAGAGUCCGCUGUACGGACAGGACAGCGGCAUGAAGAAGAUUGACCGCCAGACGAACAAAACUGUCAGUCGGAACAACGGCGACGUGAAUAGUUUCAAAAUAACUGACAGCGACUUGAAUAUAUACUCGUCGGAUAAAUGCGAUAAAUAUGUGUAUUGCGACUUGCCGCUCUACACGACGCGGUUCGGCAGAUUUGUGAAAGGCAGUUUGUUCAUAACAAUGGGCCCGCCUGCGGAGUUCGAACAUUCUUUGAAAUUGGUGAACAGAUCCUGCGUUGAAGACAGUUGUGUACUGAGCUUCAUAAUGCACGGCCCCGCGUACAGCGCGCUGUCAGUGUGGCCGCGCCCCGCCGUGCGGCUGCGCGCGUGGUCGCUGCGCGCGGCGCCACUGCCGGCGGGCGCGCCGCUCGGGCGGGCGCUGUUCGUCGUCACGCACUUCACGUCCACCUACAGCGACGUGUUCCAGCCGCUGGAGUUCUCGCUGACGUUCUCGGUACCGCGGCACUUGCAGUCGGACAUACUCGCCGACAUCUCCCACCACGCCCACAGAGUGUACCACCCGGAACACUUCACCACAGAGUACCGGAUGUUGCUCGACGUUAUGCCGGAAUACUUUAAUAUUGCGACAAGUUUAUCUUUUAGGAGUAACUAUGUUUUUUAAUUUUCUAAAUAAUUUAAUUAUGAAGUCCUGUUAUAUAAAUCUUUGGGGGUCAUGGAAAAAUUGAAUUUACUGCAAGUAUAUUGAUUUUUGAUAUCGAUUUUAAUGGUUAAAAAUAAUUUACUUUAUAUUAAAAAAUAUUAAGCAUAUAAAAAUGUAUUGAUACUUCAAUGUGCUCAGCGUCGAAGGAUAAUCUGCCACAUUAUGUAUCCACAAAAGGAGAAAUCUUUGACCAGCUGGAGUAUAUUUACAGGUUGUGAUCCUAAGAAUUGAUUAUCUUAUAUGAAUGGAUUGUUUCUUUUUUUUAAUCAAAUUGUAUAAUUAAAUUUGUGUUUUUGACAUUCAUAUGUCUCUAUAAAAAUAUUUUCAUUCUAAAGUUGAUUCUACAAUUGAUAGAGCUUUAAAGAAAUGUGAUUUUUAAUGUAAAAUAACGAUUCUCAAAAAAUUAUAUACGAGACUCGAACAAAAUCUCCCGAUAUUAGUUUUGUAUCAAUUUAUUUCUUAUUCAAAUACAGUUUAACAUUUAGGUGAUAAUUGGAUAUUGUACUUAUGUAUACUCGUGUUGAAUAAUAU